AUGUUGGAUACUAUAGAAAGUUACAUCAAAAGUCACAAGGAAAAGGAAAACCUUUAUGUUAAGAAAAACGUUUCCAUUAUUGGUUCUCCUCUUGCCGCUGGUCAACCUCUUGGAGGGGUGCAAUUAGCAUGUGAUGACUUGAGAAAAUUAGGUUUGCACAAUGUUAUAGAUGUGUUAGGAUGGAAAUAUGAAGAUAUAGGCAAUAUAGAUAAUGGGGAUAAUGAAAUGAAACAAGAAAAAAAAACUAAUAAUUAUAUUAAUAAUAAUGAUAAUAAUAAUGAUAACAAUAAUGAUAAUAAUAAUGAUAAUAAUAAUAAUUGUUAUAUUCCCAAUGGUGUAAUUAAAGAAAAGAAACAUGAUUUGUCAAAUAAUAAAAUGAAUGGAUAUGUGAACCAUAAUUUUUAUGGUAAUUAUGAAGAGAAUAAUGUAAUAUCAACAAACGAUAAAUAUAAAAAUAAUUGUUAUUAUGAUAAUAUAAGGAAUAUAAAAGAAAUAGGUAUAUUCAGUAAAAAUUUAUUUGAUACUAUGAGCAAUGAAUUAAGGAAGAAAAAUUUUGUAUUAAAUAUAGGGGGUGACCAUGGUGUAGCUUUUAGUAGUAUCCUGAGUUCCUUACAAAUGUAUCAGAAUUUAAGAGUUAUAUGGAUUGAUGCACAUGGUGAUAUAAACAUACCUGAAACAUCUCCUUCAGGUAAUUAUCAUGGUAUGACUUUAGCACACACCUUAGGGUUAUUUAAAAAGAAAGUUCCUUAUUUUGAAUGGUCCGAAAAUUUAACAUAUUUAAAACCAGAAAAUACAGCUAUUAUAGGUAUUAGAGAUAUAGAUGCAUAUGAAAAAAUUAUUUUAAAAAAAUGUAAUAUUAAUUAUUAUACCAUUUUUGAUAUAGAAAAAAAUGGAAUCUAUAAUACAAUAUGUACAGCAUUAGAAAAAAUAGAUCCAAAUUCAAAUUGCCCUAUUCACAUCUCUUUAGAUAUAGAUAGUGUUGAUAAUGUCUUUGCUCCAGGAACUGGUACUGUAGCUAAGGGGGGAUUAAAUUAUAGAGAAAUUAAUUUAUUAAUGAAAAUAUUAGCUGAAACAAAAAGAGUUGUCUCUAUGGAUUUAGUAGAAUAUAAUCCAUCACUUGAUGAAGUUGAUAAAAAAGUUCAUGGAGAUUCAUUGCCUAUAUUGGAUAAUGCAACGAAAACAGGCAAGUUGUGUUUAGAACUUAUCGCCCGAGUGUUAGGAUACGAUAUAGUGUAA